UUAAAAGCCAUCAAUACAGAUCAGCGACCUAUAUAGGUUGAAUAACAGGAAGAAAACGAAGCGGUUUGCAAUUUGCGACCUCGUUUGUGCACUUCAAAGUCGAUUAGCAUAUUUGAUUAUUUGAAAAGGGUUCUGUUCAUAACCCCACAGGUAAGCUUGACUGGCAACACACCCACCAAUUUUUUAUUCCAUAAUUUCGUUAAACAACAGGCAAAGCGCAAAAAGGACUUAUUGAACGAUUACCAUCAAGGUGGUAUUCGUAGCGAUUGAUCUUAUCAAGUAGUCUGGGUAGUAAAGGGAUUAUCUUUAAUAAGCAAUUAAGGAUAUGGCGCUUCGGGCAUUCACUGGGAAUCUACAAUUCAAGACCUGUGAUCUCUUUGGCAAUGGUUCUUUAAAUUUCCUCCCAGUUCAGAGUACAAUUGUUCAUAUAAGGCCGUGGUCGAUUGAAGCAAGAGCUAGAACCAGAGUAGAAAGUCCAAAAGUUAGGAACAGAAGAUUGCAGAAAAAGUACAAUGGCACACAGAAGAAACCAAGGCUUUCGGUAUUCUGUUCAGAAAAACAAUUGUAUGCAAUGCUUGUUGAUGAUCAGAACAAAAAGUGCUUGUUUUAUGGCAGCACCCUGCAGCAAUCAAUUCGUUCAAUCCCUGGUACCACUAUUGAAGCAGCGCAACGUGUUGGUGAAGAGCUUGUUAAAACCUGUACUAAUCUGGGAAUUGAUGAAAUAUCGUCUUAUGAUCGUAAUGGUUUCUCCCGAGGAGCAAGGAUGGAAGCAUUUGAGAUUGCACUAUCUGGUCAUGGGUUUUUGUUUCGAUAGAAUUUCAUCUCACUUGGCCUAUUUGAGCCUGUUGGAAUAUAGAUGGUUGGCACAUUAUAAAAAAUGAUCAAAAUUUGUGCUUUUGUAGGCUCUAUUGACUUCUAUGUCACAGUGUGUCCAAAAUGGAUAUAUAGACAGUUCUGUGGUAGAACUACUUGACAGAUAAUGCUGUACUUUAUCAUAUAAUGUUACUAAAUGUUCAG